CGCGACACACUAUAGUCAAUAGAUGGCAGCAGCCACAAGAGGGCAGUCAAACCGAAAUGAUAGUCUAAAAAUGGCGGCGCACAUGACGGUGGGUUGAUUGUGGUGCUCUGAAUUGUUUCUGUUUUUGCAAGAAGUGAGUCUCCAGGUGACAACACUGGCAACGAGCUGUGAACACCUGUCUGGAAACUGAAGAUUUGGCAUCACUGAAUCAAUGAGAAUUGUGUAACAAUCAAGAUUAGCACUUCAGAAAAAUGGAUAUCGAAGGAUCUGAGUUGAUUUGUCACCUGAGGGUGCACAUGGAUGAGAAACCAUUCGUUUGUGAAGCCUGUGGUAAAGCCUGUUCCACACGGAGAAAUCUUCAAGGACAUUACAGGAUUCACACUGGUGAGAAACCAUUCGUUUGUGAGAUCUGUGGUAAAGCUUUUGCUCAUCAAAAUAAUCUACGCAUUCAUGAAAGGAUACACACUGGUGAGAGACCAUUUGUUUGUGAGACCUGUGGUAAAGCGUUUGUUCAGCAAGGUGUUCUGCGUCAACAUCACAGAGUACACACUGGUGAGAAACCAUUCGUUUGUGAGAUCUGUGGUAGAGCUUUUGCUAAGAAAAGUGAUCUACAAAGACAUGAAAGGAGGCACACUGGUGAGAAACCAUUCGUUUGCGAGACCUGUGGUAAAGCCUUUGCUCAUCCAAAUGCUCUGCAGCAACAUCACAAGAUACACACUGGUGAGAGACUAUUCAUUUGUGAGACCUGUGGUAAAGGCUUUGUUCAGCAAAGUGCUCUGCAUCAACAUCAUAUGGUACACACUGGUGAGAGACCAUUCGGUUGUGAUACCUGUGGUAAAACCUUUGUUCAACAAAGUCAUCUACAGCAGCACCAUAGGACACACACUGGCGAGAGACCAUUUGUUUGUGAGACCUGUGGUAAAACAUUUACUCGUCAAAGUUAUCUGUACCAACAUCACAGGACCCACACUGGUGAGAGACCAUUCGUUUGUGAGACCUGUGGUAAAGCCUUUGCCCAGCAGAAUCAUCUAAAAAAACACAAUAGGACACACACUGGUGAGAGACCAUUCGUUUGUGAGACCUGUGGUAAAGCCUUUGUUCAGCAAAGUCAUCUGCGUCAACAUAACAGUGUUCACACCAGCAAGACUAGAGGCAAAUAAAGUGUGUCAUUUUAAAUUGUGCUGUAUUAUUUUUCUUCAAUUGAAGAUUUGUACAUGGUGUUAUUUGUCCAGUAUAUAUACAAACAAAUUACUGAUUCUGCACGAAAUCAUUGUCAUACAUGUACAUGUAGCUACGGUUUGCUGUAACUUGCGAGGGGUAACAAUAGUCAGGUGGUUUCAAGAUCAAAUUUUUGACAAGAUUGUGACCAACUAGUCCAAAGCACAAAACUUCUGGCCUCCAGAAGAUAUUUAGAAGGGGUGACACAUGAAAGCGUUCCUUAUUUGCAUACAUGUAAAUUCUACAUGGCAGCCUUAUACAGGCAUGCAACUUUUCCUUGGAUCACCUGAUGUCCUCUUUUUUUACUUCUCAUGUGUGCCAUUGAAAAUAGAAAAACACUGUACAAAGUCUGGGGAAAAUGUAAAUUUCCUCUUUUUUUGUGAUUUCCCAGUUGCAUGCCUGCUUAUAACAUACGUUUUUCAUAACGCACAUUUUGGUGCAUGUUUAUAAAUUUUUUAUCUUUUUUUUUUUAAGUAUAUUCCUGGGAUUGUAAUAACAUAACCUAAGCACUUAUGUAGUUUUUCUAAAGUAUAAAAUGACUGGAUAAUUAUGUGGACAUAUUCAAUUACCAACUGAAUAUUCGAAGAGCUUUUUUCCAGUUUGAAUAUUUGGGGAAAAACUAUGCCUGUAAACAAACAUCUAUGAUGUUACUUUACUGUGAAGUUGCGGCGCUUUAUUGUCAGGUGCCACUUUUUUGUCGACCGCGGUUCAUUGUUAAAAGCCUUUUAGCAGCUGAAUUAACCCUAAUGGGGCCAGGCUAUUUUUAUCGUCUCGGGGGGGGGGGGGGGGUUCUCCCCCCUAAGAUCUCGGGGCCAUCGAGUGACGAAAAAUUCUGAAACUCGUUAUAUGCAUAGAACAACUCACCAUGAACAUACCCAAGAAACUGCAAAACUAUAGGUCAAGGUCAAAGGGUUUGGGAAAUAUGGCUAAUUAAUUAUUUAUAUAUGCAUGAAUGGUAAUUCUGCUCUGUGUACACUACAUGUACAUACAUGUAUAUGGGGAAAUUCAGUUUUCACGGUGCCUUAAGCGGAAAAAUUGUCCCAAUUUUGAGUUUUAGGUAUCAACAGAUGCGCAAGGCUCGAGGUUAAAAAGUCAAAACAGCUCGGGUUAUGAAAACAAAUUUUUUAAAGCGAUUGCGGAAAACAUUCAGGGGGUGGAAUUCCCCCCCCCCCCCCCCCGGCCCCUUUAGGGUUAAAGCCCUUAAUUACAGUUCUAAAAUAUUUACUGCAAAACAUGGGGAUUGCUAGAGUUAAGGAUAUUACUAGUACUUGUACAUGUACAUGUAUCAUCACUUAUAAAAAAAAAUAAACAUUUUUUUAUGAAUUUUAAUCAGUCGGUAGAUUGUAAACAUAAAAAAGCUUCCAGAUUAUUUUUGUAUUUUUGAAAUUUCUGAAGAACACAUUUUGUGCAUUUUUCUACUCUUGUAAUGAGAUUGACAAUGAGGAGCAUUGAAUGAAUUUGCUCAGUAUAACAAACAAAACACUUUUAAAUUGCCAACAUUGUUUAAUUUCUUGGUAACGUUGAAAUGAAAUUGAUCACAAUAAUACAUGUAGCUUUAUAUUCUAUAGGCCUAUUUAGGCUAUUUUAAGAUUAAAGACAUACAUGUAUCAUUUUCAAGACAAUGGGUCACCCAUUUUGAUUCAUGUACAUUUAUUCAAGAAAUUUAUUUGAGAUCUAAACGACAGAAGAAACAAUAAGUUCAUGAAACAUACCCUUGAAAAUGGCAAAGUUCUAGUAAUAUCUUAUUUUAAUUUUAUCAUAGAAUGUAAUUUAGUAAUUAAUGUGUACAUUUGUUCGAAAAAUUUUAACAAUGUUAGAGAAAUAAAAGCGCUAGAACCAAUGAGGGGAAAGACGUUCUACUCCUAAAUGUUUGAAAACUAUUGGCAUUUCUUUUCGGUACAUUUUAUUGGAAGUGCACUUCAAACAUUUAAAACAAAUUCAUGCUGUGAUCAUGUCAUUUCAGGAAGACAUUAUUUAGCUUAGGGUUUUUUGUUCAAAUUGCGAGCCCAAAAAUGUAUUCUUUGAAAAACAUUUGCGAGAAAAGUUUACUCAUUGGCUUUCUGAAAUGCACAGCAAAAUAUCCAAAAUUCUGGCAACUUUGGGUGCUACAUGUAAAAUAGCUGUAACAUUCGGGUUUCUGCCCAGAAUGACAUCACAGUUUUGCUCAUGAAUAUGUUAACGCCACUAGCAUAAAAUGCCACCAACAUACCCUUUAAAUUGGCAAAACGAAAUUUGAAAAUAAGGUUAAAACAGGACACAAAGGUGCAGCUUGAAGGAUUGCAUUUAUAAAUUUACAUUGCAUGAUCCCUUUAAAUUUAAAUAAAGUUUGCUUUUAUUUUUAGUUUCGGCCUAAGCUUUAUUUUGUCCUUAUAUUUAAUGUUAUAAUAACUAUUUGAGUGCUUCAUAUAACAUUUGGGCCAUUCUGAAAAAAAUAAGAAUAAUAUUUAGAAUAAAAGAAUAUUUGAAUAAUGUUGCCCUGUAUAAAUAUUUGUUUAAAAAAUGAAAGAAAGAAAAGAAAACACUUCCAGCAAGAUGUCAUGUAUGAAUAUUAAAUACGACGUGUAUCACUACUGCUUUACCUUAAAAUAUGGCAGUCUCGCUAAUUUAGAAACGUACAUAAAUUAUUUUAAUAAAGACUUCCUUAAAACCA